AUGGCUGCUACAGCAGCAGAUAAAAUUUUGCGAGAUAAAGGUUACAAUUUUGGUAUUCGGGAAGAUCAGAUGAAAGUAAUAUCAAGUAUUUUGGAGUUGAAGGACACGUUUGCUAUAUUUCCCACAGAGAUUAAAGAAGGUAAAAGUGUAGUGGUUCUGGCCACCCCAGAGGCUGUUUUGUCCAAGCAGUGGCGAUCCAUUAUUUUGGAUGUGAGACAAAAUAUCGGCAUGGUUGCUUAUGAUGAAGCCCACUGCAUAUCUGAAUGGGGAUUGGACUUCAGAGAGGACUGUUGCAAGAUUGGUUUACUUCAGAGCAUUAUUGAGGCUCCAGUUCUGGCUUUAUCUGCAACAGUCACAAAAGAAAUAAAGAAAGACAUUGGCAAUGUACUUGGGCUUUCCAGUAACACUGUAGUAAUUGCUACUUUACCUGACAGACCCAACAUAUUGAUUGACAUUUGCAUCUCUACUGAAAAUUAUGAAGAAGAGCUUCAGUGGGUACAAGAUGCAGUUGGAAAAUAUGGUAAAGUUUGCAAGAAAAUAAUAAUCUAUGUUAACUCUAUAUCAGCUUGCGAGGGAAUAUACAUAUGGCUGCAUUCUGCUCUGUGCAAGAACGCAUACAGUGGGCAUGUUUGUUUAGAAAACCGACUGGUAGAAAUGUUUCAUGCCAGCACUGAUGUAGAGUCUAAAGGGAGGAUAAUAGAAUCCUUUUGCAGGCCAGGUGGUACUGUCAGGGUAUUGAUUGCAACAGUCGCCUGCGGAAUGGGCAUGGACAUUCCAGACAUUGCCUUGUGUGUGUUGUGGGAUCUGCCACCGUCCAUGAUGCAGAUGUGGCAGGAAAUAGGUAGAUGUGGGCGUGAUGGCAGAGAUAGUCUUGCCAUCUGUUAUGCUUUUCCAAGAAGCAUCUCUUUACCCUGCCAGAAGUGCCGGAAAAGCAACCACAGAAAAUGUUCCUGCGAGGCAGGGCAAUAUAUCAGGGAGUUAACCACCACUCAGGGAUGUUACCGGACACACUGCCUGGAACCCUUCAAGUUAGAGAACAUUGAUAGUCAUACAAUCAGUGAUGCAAACAAAACAUAUGUACUUCUUGUAAAAGUAUUGGUAUGUGUUGUUGUAACUUGUGCAAAUGUUGCACAAAUUGUUCGAGGAAAUGUUCAUGCCCCAGUAAAGUAA